AUGCUGAACAUACCAACCAUCACAUCCCUGCCCUUUUUGAUAUCGUUACCGAAACCAUUAACCCCACAAGAUUCCACUGAAGAAGAAGCUGGACAACUGGACGAUCAAGUUAAACUCGAAAACGAGAUGUCUUUGAGAAGGAAAUAUUAUCUUAUUCCUGGUCUAAUGAAAUACAUGAUACCUUUUGGUCUCAUUUACCUAUUUAAAUAUUUCAUUAAUCAGGGCACAUUUGAACUGAUUAAGUUUCCUGACACUUCAAUAGCAGUAGAAUCCCAGUAUAGAUGGAUGCAAGUUACAUAUCAAGUGAGAGUCUUUAUAUCACCAUCGUCUGUUUCGAUAUAGCGCAUAAAACAAAUAUGGAUACUGACGGUAUUGCAGGGUAUCAAUGUGAUAAUUGUCAGAACAAAAGCAUAUUACUAUUACAUAUCGAACAUCUACAUCGUGCUAGCUUCAGUGCUGUAGGAAGGAAUACUAGGAGGAGCGAGGAGCUGGAGAGUACUUGUACUCUAGUACCGCACAGCUCUGAGCACUAUAAGAAAUUGCGCUCACAUAUCAACUGGAACAAUUUUGUUGGCUGAUAUUCAUCUGGCUCUACUCGUGAAACUGGUACUUCCCUUCUUUCCCUUCGUAAGUUCGUAGUGAACACACGAGUAGCGAUUUGCGUUGGUGUGACCACAGUCGGAUAUAUUGUCGCCG